GCCUCGGCGAUGUCGGCCGACGAUGAUCACGAGGGCUCGGCGAUCAACUCGCUUAUGAGCCUAAGCAACGUUGCUACGACGAUGACAUCGCGGCCGCAGAGCACGCCGGCCCAGCAAGGCUCUGUGUCUCCCCGCCCCCAGGAUGCUGUCUCUGUCGGCCCGAGCGCUGGCGCAAUGGAGCACCCUGUCGACACAGCUGGACUCCAAGGCGCGGGAAGGCCUGGCAAUUACCACCGAGAUCCCUACCGCUGAGUCCAACGCCAACGGCACUGGCCCAGCCCCGGCACCUGGAGAGGAUGCCGUGCCUUCUGGCGCAGCAGCUCCUGCAGCCGAGAUCAACGGCCGCCGGUCAAUCAGCUCUGCUCACACCGCAUCGCCGCCGCCGUCUGCCAAGGCAGCUACAGCCGCGGUGGGCGAUUUGCAGCAUGACCCGGUGUCUGUUGUGCCUGCCAAGCGGCCGCUGUCCCCUGGUGCAGAGCAGGUUUCUGACGCAGAUGCGAAUGGGUCAAAGUCGAACUCAGAUGACGGCGCCGACAGCAACGGUGCAUCGGUAGCGGGGCAUACCGCCGGUAUGGAUGAUGGCGUGCCAAAGGGCAGCGCCGAUGCCAGUGGUCCCCGGAAACGUGGACGUGCGAGCAUGUCGCCGGCUGCAGACGAUGCGGUUCGGUCACUGUCGUCUGACGCAGCACCGAGCCAGGGUCUCGGCUCUAACGCCAGCUCCAAGACACCUACGGUGGGGUCGGCACCGGUGGCCGCCGCGCAGGUGCCGCAGAGAGACGUGGAGAUGGAGGAGGGCGAAGAGCCUGAGGACGGUGAGGUGUUUGAGGACGACGAGAUUGCACCAGCAUCAAACGAGAAGCCGCGCAAGAGCGAGGAUGUCGUGAUGGGCUCUGGAAAGAUCAAGCACGACUAGGUCGGUACUAUUUUGUUUAAUGCGCUGUCUUUAU